AUGUCCGCAGGGACACGAACCGGCGUCGCGCCUGGAGAGGCCGAGACGCGUCCGAGUCCUGAGUGGGGCGCACGGAAGAAGCCGGCCAGAGAUCAGGCGCGAGAAGACCCUGACGGCCCGUCUUUUUGUCGGAGAAACUUCUCUGCAUGCGCAGGCUCCGGCGGACGUCCAGGGAUCCCAGAUGAACGACACGGGCGUCCUCCGCGUUCUCUCCCUUUCCUCCCUCCGCCCUCGUUCGCUGAGCUCCUUCUUCCGCCUACAGACGAAGAGAGGGGCUGGGCGAGCCGCAUGUCAGGCAGACGGGAGAGAGGGGCGAGUGACGGGCGCAGCGAGGCCGAACCGCAUGCAGAGGGUCCACGGACAGGCGUCAGACGAGCCUCAGGUCCAGCGCGAGACGCGAAGCGGCGACGCCGAAGAAGUCACCUGGAUUUCUUCCUGUGUCCUGACUCGAACAGACGAGAUGCUAACGGGAGCGCACAGUUGGAAGGCAUGGCCUCUGAGCACGCCGGCCGAGAUCCGGGGGCUGCAGCCGCGAGCGAGAAGACGACACGAGUCAGCCUCCUCGAGUUCCCAGACUCCAUCGGAAGGGCGGGGUGGAUCGGCGUGACGGGAGGUUCCGCGAGACCUCUUCUUACGACCUCCAGUCUGUUUUCCUGCUCGCCAGUGUCCGAAGCGCCGCACUGUCCUUCGCGCCCGAGGGCAUGUGGCGCCAGUGAACGCGUCGCGUCAGGCGCGCGUCUUACCCCUCUUCGUGCGGUUGUGCAUGCGCCAGGCCGUUCUGUCAGCUCUCGGCAAGACGCGUUUCUUGGAGGGCCACAGGCCGACUGCGCGGACGUGGACACAGGAGGAACUUUUCAAAGGCGACAGCCCGGCCUUCCUUUCCGUCGAGAGGAGGCAGGCCCCCGACGGGAAGCAGAAAACGAGGCAGAAACCGACCCGCAGGAAUCGCCCGAGACGGCGAACCGCCUCAGAGGGAGAGAGGCGCGUCGCGCGUCCAGCGAAAGCGGGCCAGACAGAGAGACGCAAUCGCAGAUGCAUGCGUCUCCUGGCUGGUCUGGAUCUCAGAAACGAGCGAAGCGACGUCGGCGAAGAGGUGCUCCUUCCGGCUCCAGAGACAGAGCGGGCGAGAUCGAGGGGCGGGGGCAACUGACAGGCGCGGGAUGUCUCCUUUCAGGUGCGCAGGCUGUGGAGUCUCUGUGCGGGGUGAAGAAGGGGGAGAAGGCACCGAGGGUCGGUUUCGAAGACUCUCCAGGAAGUGGAGGAGCGACGCGAGCUGAGACAAACCGUGCACGAGUCGACGAGCGGACACGUGGCGCGAGGGAACCGGAGGCGUCACGCGUCCCCCCAACGGGCCGCUCGUCAUGCCACUCAGCAGAACUUUCGAGAAGCCGCGUGCCUGUGCCCGCCUCUCCUCUCCUGCGUGCAACUGCCUUCAACGCGUCCCGUGAUGGCGAGACGUGGCGCGAUGCACAGUCGCGUCAGUCGCCCUUGGAAUGCGUGUCGGAAUGUCUCGAUCCGGGUUUUCGUCGUUUUUCGGACUGUCAAAGCAGAAGAGACAAAGCCCGCGAAAGGGAGGACAGAAGCGUUCAAGCAGUACACUGUUCUGACAGCGGUCGAAAGGCGGGCAUGUGUGUCCCACGCGUCUUGGAUGCGAUGCAGUCUCCACGCUCCGGCGAGUGCUCCGAGGCUCACGCGGGGCGGGGACUGCAGUCUCGUUCCUUUUCGUCUUCUCUACCGCCUUGGACCGCGCGUUGCACUCUUCAGGAAGUCCCAACGAGGUCGGCGCCGAGUGCGGAGCCGAGUCUGAAGAAGACGCGCCGCAUUCCCUUCCGCAUUGUCGGUGGCCGCGUCGUCCAAAACGGUUUUUCCUUCUCGGGCUCCAGAUGCAUCGCUCUUCGGCCUCAGGGACGAGAGGUGAGAGAAGGCGGCUCGCCUUCCACUGAGGGGAGCGGGGUCACACCAAGGGAGGACGUGCAGGGACGCGUGGAGGCUGAGAGGCUCGGCGGGAGCGUGGCAGGGAGGGCAAGCGAGGAAAAGGAGGCGCGGACCUCGAGCGCACUCGGGACCCAGUCGAAGGGAGAACAGCGCACUCCUGGGAGAUUUGAAGACGUGCUUCUGCGUCUGGCCGCCGACUCGCGGCUGUCGCUGCGAGCGCUCCAGAAGCAGUUCUUGGGAAGUCGGUACGGCGACGCGUCUCGGUGGGAGAAGCGAGAGGAGGCCGUGAACGACGGGGAGGAAGGAGUCGACAGUCUUGGCGAAAAAGGCAUUUUGGCCGACGAAGCGCAGGCGCGGUCGCUCGUCCGAAAGAGAACGAACGUCAGCUCACCCCUCGGGGGUUUCGCGCGUACGGAGGCGACGUGCCCGCCGAAGGAGAACGGCGAGGGGGGGAUGACAGAAGAUUUGAAACCGCCGUUCCUGACGACGAAGACUGGAGAGCCUGAUGGGCGCCACGUGGGGGUGAACCCUAACUCUGAAGACGCUCUUACCAGAAGGCAGCAAGCGGGUGAUCCUCCGCACGGGGACGAGACAGGAAGGCGCGAGGCAGAGGCGGCAUUGCGAGACAGUCUGAGAGCCUUCCUCCGACGGCGCAGACUGAAACGCGCGGCCACGGGGAAGCGAAUCCUCGUGGCCCUCGGACGGCUCGGCUCUUUUCAGGCUUCCUUGCCGUCUUCCAGGUUCCACAUGACCGGUGGCGAGAAGGAAGAAAGCGGGCCUUCAAGUGUAGAAGAGGAACCUUGGUACAGUGGAGAAGCCGGAAACAUUUUGGACUUCCCCCUCCUCGACGCGUUCGGAGACCCUGUGCAUCUCACCAGUGGCGCGACGCCGUGGCCGAAAACUCGCCUCUGCCCAGAAACGCUUCAGGAGCGGAUUGUCGCGUUGCAUCUCUGGGAGCCGUGCUUCGCGUCGCUGCAAACCGGUUCCACAGAGGAGGAGGAAAAACUCCUGAAAGAGUUGUGGGAUGUCGAGCGCAGAAACAGACGGGAGGGACUCUGCGAAUCCGAGGCUUCACCGCAGUUCCAUCUUUCCCGACCGAAGGGACUCGAGAACGCGGUAGGUGUACCCGAAGACCGUGGGAACUCUCGCUCGGCCGCUGCGGAGGACACGCAGAAAGACAAGGGAACUGUGGCCAGCAGAUGCGAAGAUUCUGAGACUACCGACGUCCCAGGGUCGGAGCCUCGAGGCUUUUCCUCGAAUCGGGAACGGCGUCUCUUCGCAGAGGGCGAACCGCGGCGCGCCGUGGAAAGUGAAGCGAUCUGUCCGGUUCUGUCCGAAAUGUCUUAUGGAGUUUCCUCUUGCCUUGUGAUGCAUCUCUGUUUCUGGGCUGCGUGCCGGCUUCUGUUGGCUCGCGGGCCUAGAGUAUCUGCAAAGGCUCUGGGCGGCGAGGCCGUCGCUCGAAUCGCUUCGUUUCUGCCAGCCCUCUCGCGAUUUCUCGGUUCGUUGCACUCUGAGGCAGUGGAUUUGGCACGACCAGCGGGUCUGGGCGAGGGAACGGAAGAGAAGAAGAAAGAGGGUGUGGAAGGGCGAAUGGAAAUGCGGCACAGGUGGGAUGCGCAAGACUCAGGGGGUUCCGGGCGGGUGCACUGUCUCAAUAGCAGCGCACCUGACGCCGCGAAGGCAAACGAGGGACCGCCAGGACUCGCCACAGGCAGAGGGCUCUCAGGCUCACAUGGCGAGUGUGAGGUGGGCCACCAGAAAAAGCUGAUGCGCAACGCGAAAAGGAAACCCAACACGCAGCCUGCCUGUCGGGUUGUGGACGGGACGGCGAAACUCGCUCCGAUUCCGACGCCGAUCCUACCACUUCCUCAUCACCAUUUUGAUCCUACAUCGAACCCUGGAUUCACGGGUUACUUUAGGUCUCGCACCGAGGACAUCACGAUUUUAGGUCGGUUGGUACAGAUUAUCAACUAA